AUGUAUAACAACGCCAAACAAUUUACAAGAAUGGUACAAAAGGAGAAAUUCAUGGAAGCAGCUUUUUCGCGUGCUUAUGAUGAUCCUCCUUCAAAGAGUGUUUAUCUUUUCCAAGAUUCUCUUACUAAAGAGAAUGUUACUGACCUUCGAAACAGUACUAUGUCUAAGUUAUCUGAAGGGCAUUCAUCUGAAAAAGGAAGUGAUGAAUCUCAAGAUUUGAUCAAAAAGGAAUGGUCAAAAGGAGAAUUACCAAAUGAACAGUUUGUUGAUAAGAUCAAUCCGAUAAAUAGAGCAAGUAUGGUUGCAAACUAA